CCGCCCCUCGGAUGAACUAACUCCCAAUGAGAAAGAGGAAAAGAUGGAGCUUCACAUCUUAGAACACCGGCUGAAAGUGGCCAGCAUAGCCAAGGAGAGCGUGCCUCUGUUUACCUACGGGCUCAUCAAACUUGCCUUCCUGUCCUCCAAGACCAGGUGCAAGUUCUUCAGUCUGACUGAAACACCAGAGGAUUACACCAUCAUCGUGGAUGAAGAGGGCUUCCUGGAGCUGCCGUCCUCAGAGCAACUCAGUGUGGCCGACGCAACAUGGCUAGCCUUGAACGUCGUGUCCGGUGGGGGAAGCUUCUCAAGCUCCCAGCCCAUUGGGGUAACCAAGAUCGCCAAGUCAGUGAUUGCCCCCCUGGCUGACCAGAAUAUCUCUGUGUUCAUGCUUUCUACCUAUCAGACGGAUUUCAUCUUGGUACGCGAGCGAGACCUGCCCUUUGUCACACACACCUUGGCGGCCGAGUUCACCAUACUUCGGGUUGUCAAUGGGGAGACGGUAGCAGCCGACAACCUGGGUAUCACCAAUGGCUUUGUGAAACCCAAGAUGGUUCAGAGGCCGGUCAUCCACCCUCUUUCCAGCCCCAGUAACAUGUUCUGUGUCACCAGCCUAGACCCAGAUACGCUGCCCACCGUGGCCACACUCCUGAUGGACGUCAUGUUUUACUCCAGUGGAGUGAAGGAGUCCGUGGUAGGCAACGAGGACUGUGGCCACAUCCGCUUUUUCUCCUUCUCCUUGAUCGAAGGCUAUAUUUCCUUAGUGAUGGACGUGCAGACCCAGCAGAGGUUCCCAAAUAAUCUGUUGUUCACGAGUGCAUCUGGAGAACUCUGGAAAAUGGUGCGGAUUGGAGGACAGCCCCUUGGCUUUGAUGAAUGUGGGAUCGUCGCUCAGAUCUCAGAGCCUCUGGCGGCCGCCGACAUCCCCGCCUACUACAUCAGUACUUUUAAGUUCGACCAUGCGUUGGUACCCGAAGAAAACAUCAAGGGUGUCAUCAACGCCUUGAAAGUCAGUCAAGCGGAGAAGCAUUAGACGCCCCCCUCUCCCCUCUCCCCCCAGCUCCCUGUCCUUUCUGUGCUUCCCUCCCCUCCACCCCCAACACUCUUCCUGCAGUAUUUCUCAAACCAGAAAAUGGUCCGAAGAGACCCCCAUGAACAGAGCCGGCAAGGCAGGGCUCUGAAGGAGCCCCCAUCGCCCUGGGGCUGUGAGCGCUGAGGGCCAGUGUGGGCCUGAAGUUUGGGGUGGGUGGGUGUGUGUGUGGACAUCGACAGCCCUCCUUGCUUCUCUGGAAUUCAAAGCCACCAUGGAUGGGCACAGACCCCCGACCUCCCACAGAUGAAGCAAGAAAGGGGAGGCGCACCCACGCCCAGCUCUUCCCCCUCCUCGCCUCAGUAGAGACAGAAAGACGGGAAGAAGUCACCAUCUCCCAAGAGGCUGCCAGUUGGCAGUGAACGGUAGUCGGAUGAUGGGAGGGGACAUUCUUUUCUAAGUCUGGCAUGAGACUAAGAGCCCUCGGAAUGCUCUCGCCUGGCCCGUUCUUCAAGUCCGGGGGGUUCUCUUCUUUCAGGCUUCCUCAGUUUUCAGGGGAGUCAGUGGGAGGUGGCCAAGGCUGAACCCCAUGGCCUCAGAGCUUCUGGUUUCCUCCUUAUGUCACACACACACACACCAUUGGCACAGCCCAUUCCCCCAUUGCUUGGCCCCUGUCCCAUCACUCCUAGGACCCACAUGGUUCAGCUAGUCUGCUGAGCCUGAAGGAGAGUGUCUCCUCAGCCUCUCCCAGUCUUUAGAAGGAGCUGGCACCCCGGGGAGCAGGGGAGGUAGUGGAUUCCCCUGCGGGCCUGAAGUGAGGGAGUAUGGUUUUGUCCUUACUAGCAACUCUGCCUAGAUUGUCACCCCAGAACCUCCCUCCUGAGCCCCAGAGGGUGCGGGAAUGUGGUGUGGUAAAGAAGGAUCCUCCACUAGGGUGAUUUUAAUUUGCCCCCGAUGAUCCCUUUGGCUCUUCUGCUACUGCUGGGUCACCUAGGCUGGGUGUCUUCACUGAGACCCUCCAGGAAAAUCACUUCCUCCCCCUCCUAUCCCCUCCCCCAGAGUUGUAAAACCACACAGCCAAAGGUACUUAGAACUGCUGGCCCAGCAGCAUCAAUCCUUCUCCAGCCAUCUGUAGCCUCCCGCCACACGAGCCACACCUUGAGGAUGGCCCACACUCCCCCUCACCCUUAGCCACCCUCUAUUUGGCCACAGGGGCUCCAUGUGCUUCGGAGAGGAGGAGCUCGCUGGCCUGUUGUCAGGUCCAAGGCCUGCUCCCAGAACUUUCCACUAGUUGACCCUGUGGUCUGACCUGCCACUUCCCCACCACCCCCUCCCUUGCCUUCCCCAGAGUCCUGCACAACAGGAGAGACUCCCCACCCCCCAUCUUCCAGUAAAAGUAGUUGUCACGCUGUCCUAGGGGAUACCCCCUUGAGCGGCUUCAACCUGUAAGACCAUAAUAUACCCAGGGAAGAACUAGCACGUAACAGUGCUAGAGGCCUGACAGCACUCAGGCUCUGUUCCCCCCCCAAAAAAAAAAACCCAGAAUCUGUCCAUCCUUGAGGCAGGGGGGGUGGUCUCAUACCCUCUCAAGGCCUUAGGUUUCAUUGGGCCAAAGGCCUGUGCCCCCAUUGAUGACCAACAGCCAGCAACUAUAUCUGCUAAGACUCAUGUCUCCCCUGGAGGCCUCUCUGAGGCCCAUCCUGUCCCUGCUACCCCCACCCCUUAUUCCAGAGCUGUAUCCUGUGCUCUUUAGAGGAAGGUGAAAAGCUGGUGCCUCCCUGUACCCCAUCAGCCUCUCCCUCGGUACCUGGGCCACCCUCCCUCGCCCUAGACCAUGUGGCAUUCAUCAAGCAAUUACUUGAACUCAGAGGCCACUUUAAUGAGCCUUAAUAGAAAGAGAAAAUAAUAACCUUGUUUUAGUUUC